AUGAGUCGUUUAAAAGUGAAAGAUGUCGACGAGCAGGUGUCUAAAAAUGACGAGUCUGUUAAAAUAUCUAUGGAAAACAGCCCCAUCGGACAAUCUGAGCAAGAAUACAAUGGUCAAUGCUCUCAGAGUACAGAUGAGGAUAUUGACAGCAGUGCUACCACUACCUGGCUUAGUAUGCAUCUAAUUGGUUAAUCAAAUAUAUCACAUGCAUUUGAUUGGUUGAUGGUCCCUUAAUGGUAAUGGUAGUCAAAUCUGAACCUCUAUAAUGUUCAUGAAGAAUGCAUACUGGAAAAGUGUCAAAUUGAAUUUUAAUUGCCAAUGUUGAUUGUGGAAAGUAAAUAAAUCAAACAAUUCUGUCGGUUUCAACAGACUAGGUAACUAAAAAUCACUUUGCUUUUCAAAUCAAAGAAUGUUUAGCCUGGUUGAGCUUUUGAAAGAGUAGCUGCUUGUCUGUGAUCAUUCCAAGUUAAAAUAUGAGUAACCUAUUUUUAAUUAUAUCAACUAAUUGUUUAAUUAAGUGGUAUAGUAACCAUUUGUUCUGAAUUAGAAAAAAAAUGAUUUGAAAAUUGUCAUGCAGGCAGCCUUUGUAGACACUUGUAAAACCUGGGGGAGUGAAGAAUUUUUUACAUUUGCUUGUCCAUAUUGAUAGUGUAGUUUCAUAUUUUAAUUAUAUCAUAUCUUAUUUGGACAAGAGGUUGAGCCAAUUUCACGAUCUGAUAGAUGUGUCCCAGUAUCGAAACCAGUAAUUUUAUUGCUUGAUAACAUCAAUUUAUACCAUGGAAAUAGAAGCCAUCAUCACCUUUUCAAAACCCUGGGCAAAAUAUGUGCAAUUUUACCAUUUUAUCAUGGUUUGCUGAUUUCUGAUUUGUCUGAAAUUGAAAACUUGUUUGCAAGCAAAGAAACAGCAGAGGAACAGCAGUGCCCUUGUGAUGGCCUAACUGCUAAUGACACUUUCAUAGGUCAAUUCUAAAUUAAAAUGUUCCUAAAUUAGCGAUCAAAAUAAUCAAAUUUUCGGGAGGUUUACAUAGAAAAUAUGGAUUUUUUAAUUAAACAGGUAGCAAUGCAAUGUAGGUACAAAUGUUAACAUUAAUUUGUAGCAUUCGAAAUCCUACCAAGUUUUACAGCAUGAAUGAGAAAGAGUUUGACCUGUGGUUGAAGAAUCAGGAUUUCUCAACAACCAAGAAACAAACCUUUGACAUUAAAAUGCCAAAGGCAAGCAUACAACUCGAUGCACACUGCUCCAAGUCGGAAACAUUAAUCCUUCCACUCUCUUGAGAAUAAUGUGACUACUACUGGAACUGCAGCCAUAAUUGAGCAGUUUGGAAAGGAAUUUGAUGAGCCAUGUGAUCAUGCUAAGGAAUACAUGCCAUAUGAUGAUAACAGCAAGACCUUUGAUAUUGCAGCUAUGCAAAGUCAUCUCCAAUUUCCUGCAUCAUUGAGGGAGCAUAAGAAGGACAUGGCAGACACUGUGUGUCAGUUGAAUGAAGUUCAAAAGGUGUUUGAACCUCUUCUGGAUGAUUCAGACACAGAAUUAUCUGCAGGAAAUGCAUCUUCCAACCAACAACAGGUUGAUGCAAAUUCAAACAGAUGUAUAACAAUAUCAUGA